GAGCUCACGGUAGAGUACAAGCCCCACCAAGGCCAGCCCCACCCUUAGGCAGACUGAAGCAGCUGCCUCGGGUGGUAAAUCUCCAGGAACCCUUCUGACCCUGAGAGGUGGCAGAAUUUCCUUUUGGCUUCCUUUUGGCACCGCCCCAUUCAUCCGGCACCAUGGCGCUUCCCCAGGUGACUUCUGAGGAGGUGGCUGUGUAUUUCACUGAGCAGGAAUGGGCCUUGCUGGAUGCGAACGAGAGAGCCUUAUAUUGGGAUGUCAUGCAGGAGAACUACGAGCAUCUGACUUCACUCGGUGUCCUCCUCACCCCAACAGAUGGCAGGAUUUCAUCUUGGCUUCCUUUGGCACACUCCCAUUCUCCUGUCUCCAUGGAAAUUCCCCAGGUGGCUUUUGAGGAAGUGGCUGUGUAUUUCACCGAGCAGGAGUGGGCCUUGCUGGAUGCGGGCAAGCGAGCGCUUUACUGGGACGUCAUGCGGGAAAAUUACGAGCGCUGGGCUUCCCUGAGUGGUUGCUAUCAACAAGGAAACCUCAAAUCUACGGAGCCUUGUGGGAGAUUGCUGAACUAUUCCCAAGAGAGGGACUCUCCGAGUCCCAAUCCCUGUAAGAAUGGUCACAAGGAGGAGAAACAACCAGUGGAGGAGCCGGGAGAAACGGCCCAGUUCAGAGGGAGAAUCAGCGCUGCGAAAUGUCACCCGGUCGACACGGGAGAAAGGAGGGGUUCCUGUCCCAAGUGUGGGAAAAGCUUCUGUCACAAAUCGGCACUCACUGCACACCUGAGAAUCCACACAGGAGAGAAGCCGUACCAGUGCCACGAUUGUGGGAAAAGCUUCAACCAGAGCUCAGCCCUGACUCAGCACCAGAGGAUCCACACCGGGGAGAAACCCUACGUCUGCCUCAGCUGUGAGAAAAGAUUCAGUCAGAGCUCAGCACUCACUCAGCAUCAGAGAAUCCACACCGGGGAGAGGGCUUAUGCGUGCCUUGAUUGUGGGAAAAGCUUCGUUUACCAGUCGGCCCUCAUACGGCAUCGGAGAAUCCACACUGGAGAGAAAUGCUACAAGUGCCCUGACUGUGGGAAAGGCUUCAACCAAAGUUCCAACCUUAUUACACAUCAGAAAAUUCAUAAUGGGAUACCUUGCAGGAGCAAGAAGAAGACGCCUCAGCAACAAGUUUGUGAGCCAUUAGAACAACCUGGAAUACUUUGUAGGGCAUUACAACGAGUUUCCCCUCACAAUCCUCAAGUGGAAAAAGAGAUUCGGAACCAGGGAAGUUUGCAGAGAAACCCCUCGGAGCAGGCCCAGGAUCAAGCCGUUUCUAGAGCAGGUACUUUAAUAUCUCAGAAAGAUGUUGUGAUAAAGACAAGGCCCGCUAGGGUUAAAAGGCCACUCGUAUGUCACGACUGUGGAAAGAACUUCAAGUACAGUUCCCAUCUGGUUAACCACCUGAGAAUACACACAGGAGAGAAACCUUACGUCUGCCCAGACUGCGGGAACAGGUUCAUUCAGAACUCAGCCCUCAAGAGGCACCAGAGGAGCCACAGAGGCGACAGACCCUAUGCAUGUUCCGACUGUGGCAAAACCUUCAGCCGGAACUCUCACCUGGCGAAACACCGAGUGAUUCACACGGGAGAAAAGCCUUACGAGUGCCUUGACUGCGGGAAAAAAUUCAGCGUCAAAAUGAACCUAGCGAUUCACCAGCGGAUUCACACGGGGGAGAAGCCAUAUACGUGCUUGGAGUGUGGGAAACGCUUCAGCCAGCGACCCCACUUUAUGAUCCACCAGAGAAUCCACACGGGAGAGAAACCUUACCAGUGCCCCGAAUGCGGGAAAAGCUUUCGUGUGAGUUCGCACCUUGUCGCACACCAGAGAGUUCACGUGGGGAAGACGUCGUUCAUAUGUCCGGACUGCGGGAAAAACUUCAGCGGUAGCAAGCAGUUUAUUCAACAUAAGAUGUCCCAUCUCAUUGGAGGAAGCUAUCAGCUGCCCGUUGCAGCUGUAGCCAUUAAGAGUGACCCAUUUGCCCCCGAUUCUGUAGGUCUGGAAGGCAGUGGCUACAGUCCUGGAGCGAAUCAGUGAAGUCCUGGCUGUGUUGGGCUAAAGCAAAGAAAGGGAAACCUUGAUAAACCCUGUCUCAUAACUGCAAAUGGUGAGGUCCUUUCUUCAAUUGGAGAAAGCUUGAAGGGAA